GGCAUUGAAGGAAUACAAGUAAAACCCUAGUUUACAUUAUCUCUCUCUUGGAGUCCGAGGACGCUCGAAGAUCCUCCCCAACCGAUACGUGGGACGUAUCAUUGGUGCUCUCGUUGACGUUGUUCGCCACUGCCGAUCGUACGUCUCUGCCCUACCAUGCCGUCCGUCCCUUCCCAGGAGGAAACCCUAGCCGCCAUGCAUGGCCAGAUCCAAAACCUCAAGGGUGAUUUGGAUGCCAACGUCAAGCUACUGCAGGAGUCUCUCGGCCAGUUGCACAAGGAGUUGGAGGUCCGUAUUGAGCUUCAGUUUCAGCGCCUCCUCACCAUGUUACCCCCAAACCGCAAAGGCCAUGGAGACGAUGGUUUUGGUGGUCAACACAACGGCGAUCAGGGAGGGGGUUUCCGAGAUCAUCACACUCCCAAACCCAAGCUCGAGGCCCCUAUGUGUGAUGGUUCGGAGCCGCUCCGUUGGCUUUAUAAAGCCGAUGAGUACUUCAAAUUCUACAAUACACCGCAGGAGGAGCGCAGGGGGCCAGCGGCGGAUUGGUUCCGCUGGCGGAUGAAUGCCAAUUUGAUCGUCGACUACGCCGAUUUCGUGGACAAAUUCAAGCUCAGGUUUGACCCCAUGUAUUAUGCUGAUUAUUUCGGCCAGUUAGCCAACCUCCAUCAGACAGUAUCUGUUAUGGACUAUCAAACGGCCUUCGAGAAUAUUAUGCAGCACGUCACGGGUGCCUCGGAAGCUAAUCUCCUGUCUCUGUUUCAUGCGGGUCUCAAGCCCCACUUACGCCACGAAAUUGCACUGUUAAAGCCCACCACACUAUCUUCCUCCUUCGCAUUGGCUCGAGAACUCGAGGCUAAGCACACCACGUUACUCCAAUUGGUGUCGCCACGCCCACAAUCCUGGAAUUCAUCUCUGCCACCUCGAGUUUUUCCCGCACCCACUCGCCCGAGUACACAGGAGGACAAGGCUGCCACGCCUACACCAAUCGGCGAGGUUGGUGGUUCCACUCCUGUACGACGGCUACCUCGGGCCGAACGUUUGGAACGUCGGGCUAAGGGUCUGUGCUAUAAUUGUGACCAAAAGUGGUCUAAAACGCAUCGAUGCGGGCGUUUCUUGCUCUUAUGUGACGACGGCGACGAGGAGCUCCCCGAGGAUUCUGCCGCCGACGCUCCACCCAUCACGGCUGAUAUCUCCAGUUUGAACACCAUGGAUGGUGCGCCCGCCCCGCGCUUUUUUAAAACAUAAUUCCGAUAUCUCAUAACUUCCUCCAUCCGGACCUUGUUUCUAAGCUUCAACUUCCGGUUUUUAAGCACCGCCUUCCAUCCCCAAUCGGACGGUCAGACCGAGGUUGUGAACCGAAGUGUGGAAGAUUAUUUACGGGCCUUUACUCAGGAUAAACCCGCCCGCUGGUCCGUCUUGCUUCCGUGGGCAGAGUACACGUUGAACACUCGCUACCAUGAGGGUCUACGU